AUGACUGUUGUUGGUUACAUCCCCAAAAGUGCAUAUUUAUACAGACGUGGUUGGGUGAAUAGUGUUGCUAUGUAUACGCCCAUUGGCGAUGAAUACAAACUAGACAGCGACAGAUGUGUUUUGUCAGCUGAUGACAUUGAUAAACUUCUGACGAACGAGGUUUUAGAUCAACGAGGCCAAAUGGAUCCAUGGACUAAUAAGGUCACCUCUUUGCCAAGAAAAUUCAGUGUCCUGGACGGAAGAGAAUUUACAGCUCGCUACGCUGAUGAGACAGAAUAUAUCGAGGUGUAUAAUAUCAUCAAAGAUGCUGCUGAUGACGGAGUUGGGUUUGGAAUUGACGAUUUCCCAACGUUUGAGUAUUUUGUGGAUAGAAUGGCACGUGGACAUGUAUUUUGUAUCACGGAGAAGACAACCAACGCUAUUGUUGGCAUGUUUACUUGUAUACCAAGUAAAUAUUCCCGAACACCAAAUUCACCAUUCGCCGCUGGUCCAGCUAUUAUGAAAGAUGGAUUCAGAAAUAUUGGCAUCGGUGGAAACAUCCGAAGAAUAACUGAGGAUAUUGCCAAGGAGCUUGGUUACCAGGGAUUUUUGGGAGACACGCUUGAAAUAAACCAACCAAUCUUAGACAGUUAUGAACGACAUGGAUACAAACUGGUUGCCAGGAUACCCAGAUCUUCUUUUGUUAAAGGGA